AAUGGUAAGAAGCAUCACCCAUCAAAGUUUGCGAACCAAGUAGACCUCGAGUAGUGCUUGGAUAUCGUCGAUAGAAUUUGAUCGAAGUACCUAAAAAAAAAAAUAAAAAGAACAUCAAAAGUACCGAAAAAUAAUAGUACCAAAUAAAUAAGAUUAAUUCAGGAUACAAAGUGCACUUUGAGAAAUUCAAGGAUAACUUCGCGUAUAUAUAAUACAAGGAAGAAGCCUCUACGAAAAUGACGUCCUGGUUCACCCUGUUGUUGGUCGUCGUGGGGUCAGUCGCGGUUCUUACGGAUGCCCGUGCAAUUUCUGCGGAGCCUGUAUCUAUCAUGAUGGACCCUUAUGGGAAUCCGGUUUUGUUCGUACGAGAGAAAAGAACUCCGGUCCAUCCUUAUCCUCAUAGGGCGAUGAUGUUCACCGGUUACUACAGACCUGCUAGACGUACAUCUAACGUGGGUCAGGCAACUGGAGUCUAUGCUCAGGGUAAUGCAGUUAGUGGUGGUGCCUACUUGGGUGAAUCGCCGUAUCUAAAACGUGGGCCAGAGCCUGUCGAGGAGAUUACAAGUGCGGAAGCUGAAGCUGCGCCUGAGAGUCCCGAGCAAGAUCAGCAGGACCAGCCACAGUUCCAGGUUCAAGAUCAACAAGAUCCUCUGCCGGAAGAAUCCGAGUACCCCGUAGCAGAUCCUGAACCAGUUUCUCAAACUGAAAGUGCUGUGAUAGCACCUGCUGAAGAACCGGUUGCUCCUAACACCGAAGCACCUGCUCCCGCUGCUGCACCAGUCAAACCCCCAGGUCAGAAGAAGAGCAAGAAAACUCCCCUGCCGAUACCGAUUGCACCAGCUGAUCAAGAUGACGAGGACGUCGAAGACGAAGAUGAGGAGCCCAUCAUUCCUUUCCUGCCUCCUAAGGGAAAUCGUCGUCGUCAAGGAUACGUUCCCAAUUUGAACAACUUCUUCCCCAUGGUCUUCAGUUUUCCGGGAGGUGUCGCCCGCGCUGGUUCCUCCGGUUCACCACCAGGCGCCGUCACUGCCAUAGCUAACAGUUACUCCACUGCAAAAGGUGGAGUCGCCAGCUCGGUUGCCACUGCCUACGGCGGUUCACCUAAUGGUAAAAAGCAAAGACGAGCCCCCGUCGCCGAAGAAUAAAACGGUCUGACGUCACGAAGAAUUCAAAAGGAUCGCCCGAAGUAACGAUGUCCAAACUACUUAAUAUUAAAGCUAGGAAACCAAGUGACCCUCAAGUAUCUAAGGAUGCUCGGCGGCCCUUGCAUUGUACUUGCCAUCAGCAGAGAUCCUGUUAAAGUUUUCCUCCGAGUCAAGAAACACGUCGUCCAGUACCACAGCCUGUAAAGAUUGUAGACACGACAAUUAGAUAAUCGUCUUGAUAAAAAAUCAUUCGGCUAUGCAAAAACAUUUUUUUCGUUAGCAAGUCGUUAGCCUGUAUAUGAAACUGCUGAAAUAUAUAAAUAAAAGUAUUAAAAAGAAAAA